UUGAAAGCUGUUACCUUUUUGGAGAUGUUAUUAAGAAUAAUAAUAGCUAGUACUUUUUGAUGUUUUGUCCCUUUUUUCACAGGGUACGAAUACGGCCAUAUGUACUUAAUUAUGCCAAAAUGUCAAACUUUGACUUAUCGGAACUGGCUAUUAAAUACGACGUGCUGGGAAAUGAGUACCAGAUUUGUCGUCAUAAGCUUGAAAGCAAAAAUGAAGCUCUGUUGAUCCUGAGCAAAGAGCUGGAUGAAUGUCGCAGCGAGCGAGACCAGUUCAAACUGAUGGCCGAACAGCUGCAAGAACGCUGUCAAGGCAUGAAAAGACAGCUUGCUGGAAACUCUGUUCCAAGUUUGUCAUUCAAUCAAGUGGAUCCUGGUUUCUACUCAGACAUGCAAUCUCAGAGCUUGGUGAACCUGCUGUGUGAGACAAAGGAACACAACAAGUCUCUUAAGUUUGAAGUGGACGAUCUCAAACAAAAGCUGCAUGACGCACAGGGUGACAUCAAGUUGUUACGUGAACAAAUAGCAAGACAGAGAGUGGGAACGACGGAUGAAGGAAUUAAUACUCGUCAUUUUCCCGCUUACGAAAGAGAAGAUCUUGUGAAACAACUUGAAGCUGCAAGGAAAGAGUAUGCGCAGCUUGAGCGAGACUUGCAGCAGGUGUUGGAUGAGAAGCAGGACCAGGAGAUGGAGCGUGACGGCUACAAGAUCAAAUACGAUCGACUCAAUCAGGAACUCAACUACAUACUCAAGGGAGACGAGAAUCGCAUUGUUGAUAUUGAUGCUCUGGCCAUGGAAAACAAAUAUCUUCAGGAACGCUUAAAACAACUGGAGGAGGAAAAAGCGAUGGCAAUGCAGACAGUUUCCAAGUACAAGAGCAUGCUGGAGAAGAAGAAGAACAAGGGAAUUCUGAAACUUGGACAGAGCAGAAGUGGGGGCCUCGUCAUUACGCAAAAACAAGUUCAGCAAAUGCUAGAGAGUAGGACUGGAUUGCCGGUGUCCCAGCAGGCGAUGGCUGAUCUGCAGGGACUGUGCAGUGCACUGUUGGAUACCAUUAACGACAAGACUCUCGCACUGUCACACCAACGCAAAACAAACAAAAUCCUUGGCAACCGUGUAUCUGAACUUGAAAAGAAACUGAAAACGUUUGAGGUGUCAGGAUUAUGGAAUAUUCCAGCCCAUGCCCCAUAUUUGGCUAAACUGCAAGCGGAAUGUGCCGAGAUGAAAAUGCUUGUACCGAGACAGAUGUCACAGUCGAGUGACACAUCAGAUAAAACAAGGGAUCUUGAAUCGGACAUCUCAUCCAUUACAUCGCCCGACACCAGUCCCACACACCGUCCAGCACACUGCGACCCCGAACACUCCCUCUGUUGGCAUGGAUGACCUUGAUCUUCUACCAACCAAAGAAGAUUCUGGGAAAAAAGUUGAAGCAACACAUACAGAGACCUUUCAGCACCAGACAUCAGACAACAUAAGUCAUAUGAACUACAACAUCCAGUGUUACCAGGAGAACGGCGAUGCUGGGGACGACAACACAGACACUGAUAACAACGAUUCGGAUCGGUACAGCCGUUCGGCGGAGAAGAAAGAAAGCAUCACAGA